AUGCCCCUUACACAUAAGAGGAAAGCCUUGGCAGAUAUUGGAAACCUAAUUAAUGACAUCUCUGGCAAAUGUAGGGUUAGCAGUGCAAAACUAGAGGGUUCUGCAUCAAGUGAAGAUGUUGGAAAGCAUUUGAAAUGGGGAGUCAAAUCAAGAACAAGAAUUCCAUUUACUUCAAUGGAGAGAAAUCAAUUCAACCAUUGUGGGAAGAAUUGUGAUAGUAGCGUUAAAGAAUGGAAAGGAUUACAAAAUGCAUCAGUAAACCAUGAAAUUAUUCCUAGCUCUCAAGCAACAUAUAUGAAAAUUGAUUUCAGAGAUAAAAAUGAGGGCCUUACAUGCAUUCCUGCUCACUUCAUGGUCAAGUCAUGCCGCAUCACACAGAAGAUGAGAGCUCUUUUAGUGGACUGGAUCGUUGAGCUGCAUUUGGAAUUUGGACUUCUACCCAAGAUACUGUUCUUGGCAAUCAAUAUUCUCGAUAGAUAUCUUUCAAAUCAAACGGUAAAUUCAAAUUCGUUGCUACUUGCUGGAUUCACUGCUCUGCUCUUGGCCUGCAAACAUGAGGAGAAUUGUGCUUGUGUUCCAGUCAUUCAAGAUUUUUUAGACAUAACCAACAAUGCUUAUACAAGGGCAGAUGUUCUGAAAAUGGAAAAAUCAAUUCUCAACACCUUGAGAUUUGUUAUUGCUGUUCCAACUCCUUAUGUCUUCAUGGAGAAAUUUCUUGAAGCAUCAGGAUCUGACAAGGAUUUGGAAAUGGUGACCUCCUUUCUCAUGGAACUAUGCCUGCUGGAGGGUGUUAUGUUAGAGUACCCACCAUCAAUGGUAGCAGCUGCAGCAUUAUAUACUGCCCAAUGCAUCCUUAGAAGGGUUCCAUCUUGGAGUAGUAAGAUGGAGUUCAAGACUUCAUAUACUGAAGAUCAGCUUAUGUAA